ACCGGCCGGACCACCGACAGACCCGCCGGACCACCGACAGACCGGCCGGACCACCGACAGACCCGCCGACCGGAACAGGUGUCGGUCAGUGGUCAGAGGAGAGUACAGCGGCGGUCAGGGUAACCAGAGUGGCCGGGGGCCGGUCGGUCGACCAGUGGGCACAGCAGCGCUGCCCGCACUAUCAGGGACAGUGGAAGGAGCGGUGGCGCUCUGACGGCUCCAGUGAGGUCGGACAGCACGGCCCUCAGCCGCGGCGGGCGGCGGGCAGUCAGGGCGGAGCUGUCAGUAGUGACCGGAGAGGCUCAGUUGCCAGAGGACUAUCGGUCAGAGAGUAGCUGCAACAGGAGUCGGCAACUGUCUGGGAGACUGCAGAAGAUCACGGGCAAGACACGAAUGGCCAUGGACCACGGAUAGAACCAAGUGGGAUAGAGCCAUUGGGGCUGUGAACAAAGGGUGUGGAUUACAGACACUGGCGAGCGGUACCAAAAAAGACAGCCAAGCGCACCAGUGGAAGGCGGCAUCGGGCGACGAAUACCCAGAACGAACACCGAACUACACCAGUAGAGGCGUCUCAUCGCCGUCACCAUGACCACGAAGCCGAAGACGUUGGCCGAGCUGGUGCAGCAACGGCGGGCCGGCAUCAACGUGGGCGACACCACCACGGCGGCGCAGAAGAAGGCGCGCGCCGCAGAGGCCAAGAGGGCCGAGGCUGAGAAAAGGGAGAGGGAGGAGCGCGCGAGAGAGGAACAGCGACAAGAGGAGGAGCGGCGAGAGAGGGAGAGAAGGGAGGACGAGGAGAGAAGGGAGAGGGAGAGGAGGGAAGAAGAAGAGAAAAAGGAAAAAGAGAGACGAGAACGAGAAGAACGUGAAAAGAGGGAGGAGGAGGAAAGACAGGAGCAGGAGAGGAAGAAAGAAGAGGAGGAAAGGAGAAAGAAAGAAGAGGAAAGGAGACGGAAGCAGGAAGAAGAGGAAAAGGAAGAGAAAAGAAGAGAAGAAGAAAGGAAAGAGAAAAAGAGGCGAGAGGAAGAAGAAGACAGAAAAAGAGAGGAAGAGAGAAAGAAAAGAGAGCAGGAGUGGGAAGAACGACGAAAAGAGAGAGAAAGGCAAGAGGAAGAAGAACUAAAAGAGCGACAGAGACAGCGAGAGGAACAAGAGAAACGUUGGGAAGAGGAAGAGAAAAGACGAGAGCAGGAAAGGCAGGCUAAGAAGGAAGAAAGACUUCGAGAAAAAGAAAAUAGGCGAAAGCAGGAAGCGCAGAAAAUAGAAGAGGAACAGCGAAAGUUCCAGGAAUCAAGGAACAAAGCGAACACAAAUAAAAGAUUUGACAGGAAAGACAUCCUAGAAAGCGAAGAUUUCAAGCAGUUCUCGCACUGGAUGAAAAAUGGCAAGAAAGACGACAUGGAUAAAGUACAGGAGCUGCUGUUCCCCGAUGGCUGCUGGGACUAAAUGGCUCCUGAUCCACAGCGAGCGGGCGUCGUUUGCGACCACCAAGUUCGGACCGUCUGGCGCUACCGGGAGUCACUCGCCGAGUCAGUCCCGGAAGUAUAGCUCACGGGCAGCAGCGAUCAAAACUGCGACUGCGUUCGAGGCGCCGGAGGGGGUCGGCGGUGGUCGAGGACAGGGCACGGCGGCCUACUGACCCCGUCCGGAGGCCAGCGCUGGCGCGGACCGUGCCGAACACUCAGUGGACUCGGAGGCUGGUAAUUACUUCUGAGCCGACACUGAAGUGUGAUCUACCAGCAUCGUUCUGAGUGCGAGGAAUGAAUAGCGAACACUGAGUGUGCCGUGAUCUGCCCGCGCCGCUAAACGCUGGUCGCCGCACUGCGUGGUGAAAGAGGGGUUUGCCGUUGUUUCUCCGUGUUGGAGGAGGUUGUGCCGCUGGGCUCAGCCAACUGAAGGGCGGGGAUAUGAGUUGGGACUUUGGGAGAGGCCACUGCUGGCCUGUGCCGGGUGACGCCGUAGUUUGCUCCGCUGGCGGUUUUAGUCCAACCACGCGCUGGUCGCGUGACCUCGCACUCCCGAAUGGAAAGCGA